AUGGUGCGGGGAUUAAUAGUUUUUGUCGUGUGUUUGUUGUUGGAGCCGGUUUGUUGCUGGAAUGACCCUGGUGCCGUUCUGCUGCGGGACAUCCAGGUCCUGACUCUGUACAAGGGCCGCUUCACCACCGGGAGGCGCUCCAGCCCGGUGCCUCAGCUGCAGUGUGUGGGGGGCUCUGCCGGCUGCCACGCCUUCUCUCCGGACGUGGUGCAGUGUCAGAACAAAGGCUGGGACGGGGUGGACGUCCAGUGGGAGUGUAAGACAGACAUGGAUAACUCGCUCCGGUUCGGUCGUGUUGAGGUGAGCUGCGAGGGCUUUAACCACCCCUCAGACCCGUACAUUCUGGCCGGAUCCUGUGGCCUGGAGUUCUCCCUGGAGCUGACGGAGGAGGGGCGCAAGAAGAACCAGGGCGGGUGGGGGUCCCAGCGAGGCUCCGGGGGGUUCGGAGAUUUUGCCUCCAGUUUCUUCGGCGAUUCCUCUGGUCACAAGACUCCUCCUCGUCAGAGCCCGUCUCCCGCCGGAGGGGGGGACGCAGGGGGUCUGCUGGGAGUCUUGCUGCUGCUCGGGGUCGCCUUCGCUGUUUACAAACUGUUCCUGAGCGGGAACACGGGCUCCCAGGGACCAGAGGGAGCACAGGGACCACAGGGACAUCAGCCCGACUCUGGCCCUCCUCCUCCGGGCUUCAAACCUGACUACACCUCCUCUGGUUACCCGGGUGCUAACCCAGGUGCAAACCCGGGCUACGGCUUCAACAGUGACUACACUCAGGGCCAGUAUUUCAACACCAGAGGCCGCUCUGCUCACAACACUGGGACCGGAGGCGGAGGCUUCUGGACCGGGAUGGGGACCGGAGGACUGCUGGGAUACAUGUUCGGACGCCAGAGGUCUCAGCCGUAUCAGAGUCAUGGAUACUACAGUCACGCAGACAGCUACCCCAGAGCCUCUUCAUCAUCACACUCCUCUACCUCCUCUGGGACCAGGACAGCUUCAGGUUUUGGAGGAACAAAAAGAAGAUGA